AUGGUAAGUCCGGCCUCCAGCUCAGAAGUAAUCAAGCAAUACACUCUUAGAGCAUGGCUGCCGACGGCGAGCUGCUACUCCUAUCCUGCAGCCACAACCCUGGGAUCAAACAAUUUCUCUUACACAAACUAUCUGACACCGUCAGCCUCCCCUUCUUGCCCUUACGGCCAAAGUUUGGAUUUACUGCCAUGUCCCAAUGAUAUGGACGCCAUUCUCCGCAUAUAUAUGGAGACUAUCCACCCUAUUUUCCCAGCGCUUGACUACGACAACUAUCAAUCUAUGCCAGCCAGAUCCGCAGGCAAAAUACUACUGUCCCUGUCAAUCUGUAUUGCGGCUAGUGUGAUUCCCAGUUCCGGACAAUAUUUUCGACACGUCGCCGCCUGCCCAGCUGACUUCUCUUUAACGAUUUCAGACGCAAUCAAGUCCUCGAACAUGCUGGUCCUCGUGCAGGAUAAAUUAAUUUCAAUUCAAUCCUUGUCACUCCUUUCACUCUUUAAACUGUUCUCCGGAAACCGACAGGAAUCAACAGACCUUCUAUAUCACGCCAUCUCUCAUGCGCAGGCCGCGGGCCUCCAUUAUGACGGCCACACAACUCCACAACCGAAGCAGGCUUCUACUAGAUCGCUUCUCUGUCUCUUUGCCAUCGAUACCAUCCACUCGGCAUGUUCACGACACCCAGCACAAUUCCGUCGAUGUGGUUUUGGCAGUUGCCUCACCUCCUGGAUAGUUGAGCAAGAACCCUGUUUUCAGCUUUUCCUGCGCACCAUCGUACUUCUGGAGCGUGCGGUAGACAUUUCCCGGACGGCGGGAUAUGGUGGCUGGGUAGGCUCGUUUCCGUCAUUUGAGGAUUUAUUGGGGGAGGUUAAUACAUCUAUCAUCUCAGUGCCCCUGAUAGCAACAAUUGAGGUCUUAUAUCAUGCCGUCGCCAUUGUAGCCUAUCCUUCAAGUACUUCAACUAGCGCCCACAGCUCCUCAUGGGAGGCUGAUCCACGACAAGCCCUCGCGGCAUCCAGAAUUACGUACAUCGUGGGCGAAGAGUUUGACGGCCAGUUAACAUUACUCCCAGUUAUUCCAUAUGCGGUAGGCCUAUCACUGCGUGUGUCAUGGAAUAUCAUGCUAAGAAGCAAGACAUUACUGUUUAAAACACGGGCCCGGAAACAGGUACUUGAGAACUGUGCUAUACUACGGUCGCUGGGAGGAGUGUAUUCCUCUGCAUCUCUUAUGGCGGACUUGGCAGAACGUCUUGUCUACGAACAGGAUAGUAAGGAGGAAAGUGGCGAAAAUGGUAAACAAAAUCAAGAAGCAUCAUAUCUGCGAAGCGACACUUCUUGGGGAUGGGCGCCGGAGCCCACUCUGCAGAGUAUACAUUGUCUUAUGCCUUCCCAGCCUUCCUUUUACUCUCUUGAUACACAUUUCUCCAAUCCAGUGUCGCAUUUGGACAUUUUGGACCAGCUUGAUACGGAUGUCGCGGUUGUUGGAGGCACGCCUGAAAAUUCCUGA